CGCGCCUGCGCAGUGCGAAGAGGUCGCCCUGAGACGCGUGUCGCCGCCAAGGGCCGGGGUGGAGGCCAUGGAGCCCGCGGCGCCGCCGAGCGAGCUCGUGUCGGCUGAGGGCCGGAACCGGAAGGCAGUGCUGUGCCAGCGCUGUGGCUCCCGCGUGCUGCAGCCGGGCACGGCGCUCUUCUCCCGCCGGCAGCUCUGCCUCCCGCCCAUGAGGAAGAAGCCGGCGCUGGCCGACGGCGGCAGUCCUGAGGGCGACCUUCUGCAGGAGCACUGGCUGGUGGAGGACAUGUUCACUUUCGAGAACGUGGGCUUCACCAAGGACGUGGGCAACAUCAAGUUCCUGGUCUGCGCAGACUGCGAGAUCGGCCCCAUCGGCUGGCACUGCCUGGACGACAAGAACAGUUUCUAUGUGGCCUUGGAACGGGUUUCCCAUGAGUGAGGGGAGGGGACUCAGCUCCACCCCCACUAUAAAAGCUACUCCCCACAAGGACGGCCGAGUCGCCUUGUCUGCACUAACGUCAGUCACGAGUGUCAGCCCGCCCCGUCCAGCACGCGUCCACGUGCUUCCUCACGGCCUCAGCGCCGGCCUCCUGCUUAGUUCACAUGCAUUACCGCCUUUCCUCAGCUCCCUUUGCCCCCGGGUUUAGGACACGGGGUGCUUCCACAGAUCUGCUCCCCUCCCGGCCUCCUGCUCUCCUGAACCCUGGGGCUCCCUGUUCCUUACCCUCAGAGAGCGGUUAUGCAACCUUUUAGCCAUGAUGACACGUGACAGAUGGUGCUCAUGAUGGUGCUGACGGUUGAAACCCGCCUUUUUCUCAUUCAGGAAAGUGCACGAACAUCUGUGUGGCUAACUUUACAGUAAUUUAUUCUUUCUAAAAGUAAAGCAUUUCCAAACUGCAGUAUUUAAACCACUAAUCAGAAAUACAUUCCUUUGGACAUGCCUCUAAGACCACGUUUGGGGGCCUCUCCUCUAGGCUGACAGUGACUUUAUUGUCAAGGUGGGUGUGGCCACUCUUCCCUUCAAAUCUUGAUGUAGUUUUUCUUUGUAUUAGCUCCGCACUGCUAUAUAUAGCCUGUAAGCUGAAAGUCAGAUUUCCAACCCCAUCUGUCAGCUACCCCAAGGAAAACUCAGCCCUGGCUGUGUUCCCAAGAUCUCCUGGAGUCAGCGGAGAGUGUGGGACGUAGGGGGCGGGCCUUUGCCACAUCAUACGUGAGUUCAUUGGUUUGUCUUACCUGGACUCAUAACUCUCAUAUAACUCUCUCUUUGCUCCUAGCACAGACUUCUUAAGUGGAUGGUGUCGUCAUUACUGUAUGCACUGGGCGUGGUCCUCACAGAUUUCUUAUUCAGUUGGAAUCUCUAGACUAACCCAGAAUACAGACUUUCCAUCCAGAUGCCGCUCUUUGUAGCUGUGGGGUUGCUCUGACAGUUUGAUGUUCAGUACGAUUCUCAGUUCUGUCAUUUCUCUUCUGAAACGACUCACCAUCUCAGAAGGAAUCUGUGAGACCAGGUUCCAGGUAUCCUCCCAUCUUCCGUGCCUCUAAGGCUCAGGAGACCUAGAAUGGAAAUGAGGACUAAGUGGAGACCUUACAGACAUUCCUUCGGACCUGUUUUCCAGUUGCUUCCUCCCUCCUUCUCCCCAGAACGUGGUCUAAGGGCCCCCCAACUAAAGUGCGGGCCUUGGGCACAGUUCUGCCACCAACCUCCUCCCCUAGAAAGGUGGCUUCCGUCCCCGGCCGUAGCCUCACAAGCUCUGGUAGAAAGUGAGAGAACGGUUUUCUAGACGGAUGGUCAGACGUCCAUGAUUAUGGCAUUUGCAGAAAACCUGUGAGAAUAUCCACUCAGGUCAGAAGGCACAAAACCACGUAGAUGCCUCUGGGGACAUGUGGCCCCUCAUAUCAUGAGCCAAAACCUGGGCAAAGCGUUUUUUAAAUUAGACUUUGACUUUUCUUUUUUAAUCACAGAAAUAGUACACAUUCAUCGCAGAUAAAUACAAAAGUAGGUAUAUGGGGAUAUGUGUAUAUGUAUAGCUGAUUCACUUUGUUGUAGGGCAGAAACUAACACACCAUUGUAAAGCAAUUAUACUCCAAUAAAGAUGUUAAAAAAAAAGUAGGUAUAAAAAUGUUUUUAAUCAUUCAUAUUUUCACCAUGCAGAGAUUGCAGACGGUAAUGCGGUGUAUGUUCUUCUCAGUGUUUUUCUAUAUGUACUGUAUAAAUAAACGUAGGGUUUUUAAAACAAAUAUGAGAUCAUGUAGUACUCUCAUAACUUGCUUU